AUGGCGUCCAACGCCAGCCCUUCUCUACCGCAUCGGACAGUUUCGACGAUCCGGACGAGCGUCAGUGCGGGAACCGGCGUUGGGAGUGCCGGGGCCGCUGCGUCCAGCUAUAGGACGGGUGGCCAAGCUGCGCCGACGACGCCUGGCGGGGGACCGCACACCCCUGUGCGUACGACGCCGUCGGCCUUCUCGUCUCCCUCUGCAUUGCGCGCCGAGGAAGAGACAAUUGUGAUCGAGGUGGGUGCGCGGUAUCUGCGCAUCGGACUGGCGGGCGAUGUGGUCUGCCGAGGCACGGUGGCAUUUGGGCCCGACCAGCAGCGCCGCGUGGGUGAUUUGCGGGUGUGGCAGGAGGACUACCAGUACGACUGGCGGCGAGCCGGCGAGGAUGGUGCAGGACGUACGUGGGACACGGCGUAUGAGCUGUGGCAGAUGGACGUGCGCAACAUUGACGCAGGAUUGAUUUCGGACAAGCUGGAGCGGGCAUUGCGUGAAGCAUUUACAAACCCGAGUGUGUCGUUGUUGUCGGCACCUGUGGCGGCAGCCGUGGCCGCUGGUCUGCGCAGCGCUCUCGUGGUUGACCUUGGCUGGGCUGAGACCGUGGUGACGAGUGUGUACGAGUACCGCGAGGUGUCGUCGACCAGAUCGGUGCGCGCGGGCCGCCUGUUGAUCCAAAGUGUGCACGACCUGCUUGCCGGUGUCAUCGCGCCGGAAUAUCAGGAAAAAGAUGCAAAGGGUAGGCCGGUGGCUACGACGCCAAGCGCGCGUGCAAACCGAGAGCACGUGCUUAGCUUUGAUGAGUGCGAAGAUGUGGCUGCGCGCCUUGUGUGGUGCCGACAAACGGAGAGUGGCCCGAGCAAAAACAAUGCUCGGCCGGCCGCGGCUGCACUGCCUACAGAAGGCGUUCUGGCGACCGUCGCCGAGACGGACGAAACGGAAGAGGACGGCCAUUCGACGCGGCCUGGCACUGGAUCGUCGCGUGCCAAUGGCGCACGUACGACGAGUGUUCCUCUUCAGUCGUGCUCACCACCCAAGACGCUCAGCCUGUCAUUCGACCAGCUCGCGGAGCCCUGCGAGACGACGUUCUUUGGGGGCAUGGGCGAAGGCCUCGACAUACCGGCCAGCUGGGACGACGAGGAGCUCCCGAUACCGCUCCUCAUCUUCCGCCAUCUACAGCACCUGUCCGUUGAUGUGCGUGCGGUCUGCAUGGCCCGCAUCAUAUUCGUGGGCGGCUGCACUGGCGUUUUGGGUCUGCGCGGCCGCAUCUUUGACGAAGUCGCUCGCUUGAUUGACGAGCAGGGGUGGGAGGGUGUGCGUGGCAAGGGCUUUGCGCAAUAUAAGGCGAACGCAAAGCGACAGAAAAAGAAAAAGGGCACUCCUGACAGCAGAAAGCGGGGCCGAGACGGCGGCAGCGAUGUCAACGCCAACGCCAAUGCCGACGGAAACGGUAGCCAUCCGAUAUCGCCGACGUCGUCGGCGGACUCGGCUGAAUCGGCAGACGGCGUUUGGCACGAUGCUGCCAAUGCGCGGCCCGAGAUCGACCCGGUCGAGGAGGAGCUGCGCAAGACACGCAUGCGCAGCGACAGCACCGCACCGGCUGUGUCGGGUGGCCAGCCGCAGCAGCAGGGCCACAUCAACGGCCAAAUGCGGGCGGCAGAGACGCUGGGUGCCUGGAGCGGUGCCAGCCUGCUAGCACAGCUGCGUGUUCCUGCUCUGGCCGUUGUCGACAAGGAGCAGUGGACACAACAGGGCGGCGUCUUGAGCGCGGUGCGUCCUAGUGAUGUCGACGCCAAGCAACAGAUGCAACGGCAGAGCAUGGGCCACGGCGGCCUCCUACGCAGCGUGGUGGGCGGUGGUUCUGGAGGAGCAUCUGGGUCUGGAACUGCGAGCUGGACGCUCGGAUCUUGGGGUGUUGUGUGA